GAGGGACGACCUACCAGGCGUAAAGCUAAUAAAUUCAUCUGUGGCGAUAAUCCGCUCUCAAAUUGGCCUCAAUCGGGAACUGGGAAAAUCUAUUCGCAUCCUUUCUCUCUCACACAAACACACACACACACACGGCCAACAUUUUUAGACUGCUAUGUCGUGACCGGAGCGAUGCAAAUGUCACACGAUUCAUUGGCUGCUGUCUCCGGCACGAAAACGUCAAUGUUUUGAUGGCGUUUGGAUGAAGAUCUCUCCGCGUUGCCCGGCCGCUGCUGUGUGGAAGGACGUCGGUGGAGAGGUUUUGCUUCAGCACCUGGACAGCUUCUUACCCAGGGUUCCCCGCUGUGCUCGCCGGGGAAACCCUCGUCUGAGGAGCGGAACCUGGACCUGGAUCUCUGGAGCAUCCUUUCAACGCUCCCCACCAGGAGCAGGUUGCACUCUUCGUGAUUUAAUCAGUCUGAUUAGAUGCUAAUAUGAUCUUGCCGUGUGACGAUGCUUCUUGCGUUUUGCACUGAAAUCCAAGCAGCAGCGCAAGUGGGAGCAGCGGAAGCAGCAGCAGCAGCGGUGGUGGUGUUCGUCCAAUGCAAAAGUGCUAAGGAUAGCUGCAGCCUACACACACUGCGAGCCUGCUGCUGCUUCACUUACUCUGAUCGCCACCGAGGGAGACAUUACUAUCAGCGAGGGGGCAGCGGGAGGCGCGAGAGCCCGUCAACAAUGUAAAUCUCACACAGGUUCAACAUGAAAGAAGCAUCUAUCAGGUGAAAAGGUGAACUGCAGCAGAAAACCGGCAGAACUGAGAGGAAAUCUUGUGACAAACCUCCCCUCCUCUCUCCAUCAGCCAGCAUCAUGGCAAAUGCUGAGUGUUGGCAUGUGUCUAGGGAAAUGGAGCAGGCAGGUCUUUCGGACUUGGAGAUCAUCUCGCAGCCUGUGGAGGAUGAGAACCAGUAUCUGGCUCCUCCGGUCCAGCUGGUGAGUUUUGGCUACAGAGAUCUGCCCCUGGCGGCUCUGGACCUCUCGCUGGCCGGCUCUCAGCUCCUCUCCAACGCCGAUGACGAUGAAAACAGGGACGGGUCCAACUGGCUGAAGCCCUGCUGUGGGCGACGCGUCGCCCUGUGGCAGGUCUGUCUGCUGAGCGCUGGAUUCAACUGCAUCCUGGUGGCCUGCGUCAUCCUCGUGGUGCUGUUCCUGUCUCUGGAGCUGCUCAUCGACACCAAACUCCUACAAUUUUCCAAUGCUUUCCAAUUUGCCAGCAUAAUCCACUGGAUCAGCCUUAUCAUCCUGUCACUCUUCUUUUCAGAGACUGUCUUCAGAAUUGUAGUGCUCGGGAUCUGGGACUAUAUAGAGAACAAAGUUGAGGUGUUCGAUGGCGCCGUCAUCGUGCUGUCCCUGGCCCCCAUGGUGGCCUCCACGGUGGCCAACGGGCCCAGCAGCCCCUGGGACGCCAUCAGCCUCAUCAUCACUCUACGCAUCUGGAGGGUCAAGAGGAUCAUUGAUGCUUAUGUUCUUCAAGUCAAAGUGGAGAUGGAGUGUGAGAUCCAGCAGUGUGAGAAGACGAAGGCUGUGAGGGAGGAGCAGCUGGAGCGUCUCACUCAGAUCUGCCAGGAACAGGCUUUUGAGAUCCGGCAGCUGAGGGCCCAUCUGGCCCAGCAGGACGUGGACCUGGCAGCAGAACGUGAAGCAGCCAUGCAGAUCCACCAUGUGUGGGGCAAACAGGGCAGGAGUUUUCAGGUGGUGGAAGGCCUGCCUCCUGGGGAGUUUGACGAUGAGGGCGGCCAGAGAAACCCCAGGGAGCCACAUCCCACAGCAGAUCCAGUUGUGCGUGAUGAUAUGAACAACUACAUCAGCCAAUACUACAGUGAAGCUAGCAGUGAUGCUGGAGCUUCUGGCCUCGGAGCCCGGGUCAUCACCAUGGCAGCCAUUGACGUCCACCUCCCCACCAAUCCAAAUCCCAUCCAGUCAAACCAGAUGCUUGCCAUGGAGCUGGUGGGCAGCGCUGUGAGUGAUGCCUCAACCAGCCUAUCACGGUCCAGCGGCAGCCUGACGGCCCGCCCCCACAGCCUGAGCAGCUACAUCCCGGGGUCCUCGAUGACAGACUGCAGCCCAGCUCAGGAGCUCAGUCUGAGCUACAGCACCCAUCGCUGCCCCCCCCCUCCCUGCUCAGGCAAGGACCCCUGCAGGGACCCCAGCAUGGUAGUGCAGGAGCUGCUCUCCUCCCUCUCUGAGGACUCCUGCCUUGCUCAAAAGGGCCUGGUAGUGGACCCUGUUAACCUAAAGCUUCCCAGCCCUACUGGCUCAGAAAAGGCGAGUCCUGAGCUGGACAACAGAAUAAACAUCUUCAACCGCAGGAACCAGGAGGAGAGGCGGGGCCGGGGGGGGGGCUGCGUGCUGCUGCAGACCAAGCCGCUGAUCCACCUGCAGGGCAGCGGCACGGAGCCGUCCCUGGAGGAGAAGUACCGGCUCCUGGGGCCCGCUGACACGCCUCUGGAGGGCAUGCCUGAUACAUAAGCUACACAGAAACAAGUCUUUUAUUUUGCUGCCACCAUGUUCGGCACAUUUCUCAGCUCUUGUCACAGGUCAAAUCUCGUGAGAGGUUGUAAAUCCAAUCUUAGCCAAUCCAGAGCAAGCUUAAGCCUUAGCUUCAGGCUAACACUGAUGCUCCUUAACGUGACGUGUUCAGAAGUCAAUAGUAGAAAUGACAAUAAGAACUCUUAGGCCCUUUGCCAUACGGUCCAACCUCCCCUGCUCCUCUUUGAUGGAUUUUUGAUACAAGAAAUUCCCUGAUAAAGCACAACAAAGACUGAAACAUCCUAGUAAGGGGAGCCGAAUGUGUUCUUGGACACAUUCUUCAUCAGGAAUUCUCACUCUGAAAAGGUCCUAAAUGCACUGAACUUUACAUGUAUUAAAACCAGCAAGGGGCCAUUCCAGCCUAUACUGAACAAAAGCGUUAUCUCUGAACCGUGUUGCAAACCAAGACACUGUUCUCUGUUCUUGGAAUUUCAAUUUUGUUUUUUUACUUUCAAUUGGUAUGAACAACUUUAAACAUCAGUAAUGCUGUUUCUUGUUUAAACAGCCACAGGGUACAUACGACUGGCUUAACUUUGCCUUUUUGUCACUUAUUUGUUUGAUUUGAAACCAUGGACCAUGAUCCCAAUUUAUUGAAUAGCAUUUUUUGAAAAAAAAACAUGAGUAGGGUACAUUUGUGUGGAUGAAAUGAAAAGGUAAGUGAGUGGACUCUUCACAUGAAACUAGAUUGGAGUGCUUGUAGCAUGAACCUUUAAAAGAUAUGUGCCCUUAAUGGCAAGCAAAUUCUUUGCACUUUAAUGUUUACAGACACUUUUGUAAACUUGAUAUGGAGGAAGUUAUUGCCAAAUGCAGGUGCUGUCAUUUGAAUGAAAAUAGCAAAAAUAAAAGUUAGUAUUUCCCUAACUUCUUUAUGUUUACUGACUUUAAUACAUCAUACAUUUAAAGCUGUAUCAAACACGAUAAAACCACAGUUGGCUCUAAUCCAAUUUCUUUCUAUUCACAGGCUCCUUGUUACACACUGCACUGUACAACAGUAUUUCAUUAGCAUCAUGUCCCGUGCAUUUGAUUUAGAAAAGUCUGAAUUAUUUAAGGUUAUUAACAUUGGAAGAUCCGUCAACUGCUAAUUGGUCAAGUCAUUGUAAGUGUGUCGUGAGAAGUAUCAGCCCCCUCUAAUUACCCCCAUAAUAUCAUUAAUUCAGAAGAUAAACUGCUGUACCAUUUUGUUGCUUGUCAAAUGUUUACAAGUAUCUAGAGAAUGUUUUAAUUGUUAAUAACUAUUACUGCAACAAUUAAGCUAUUAUCAAAAGUGUUUUUCAAUUAUGAUAACUAAGUAUUCAUUUUCAGAUCUGGGUGUGUGGAUUGUUUGUAGCCGCCUAAUUUAAUCCGCAAUUAACACAGUACAUGCGGGACCAAGAGUCCUCCUGCUGAGUAACUGAUUUGAAGCCUCGACUCUGAAUUAAAACGACUCUUAUGGUAAGACUUCAUCUGUAUUCUAUGGACCUGUGACCGGAAACAAUACAUCACAUUGCAUCUUUUAAAAGUAGUUAGCCUAAAUAACUCUGUGCAAUCUGCCCAUGUCCUAUAUUCUGGCAUUUCAGUUCCUAUUAUUUUAUUGUCUAAGGAGGGUAGCAGGUAUAUUAUAUUUUGUAGGGUGAUUCGUUUGGAAACUUCUUUAA